GAAAAUUUCCCUUAGCUUAGCAAUGCUUCCUAAGGUGAAAGGGGAUGGAGAUAGCUGGUUUUUGAUUAUUCAGAAGAUUCUUAUAGCCAUAAAUUCUCUUCUCACUGAUGCAUUUCAGGGACUUGAAGAAGAGAAGAAAAGUUUGGAAGUAAUGAAAUUGAUAGUUCCUCCGGGUAAGGACCUCCCGCCCCCUUUAGGGGGUCAAACAUCGCUGGAAGAAGCAUCAGAGCCGGUGAUGAGAAAAUUAAGUGAAUUACUUGUGCCGAGAGUGACGACUCUAAUGCAUUCUUGCUGCAUUAUGCUCACUAAUUCCUAUUCUUUUCCGGUGUUGAUUCCUGCACGCCCCCUGUUAGCUACAGUUGGGAGAGUUCUUCAAAUGGAUGGUUCUUUUGGUGGAUCAUUGUUUCCUUUGACCAGCUCAUUGCAUCAGGAACUUCUUUGUGCGGAGCUCCCAGCUCUUCAUCUGGGUAGCUUGGAUUUACUUAUUGCCAUUAUUAAAGGUUUACGAAGCCAACUCUUGCCACAUAGCGCCAAUGUUGUGCGGCUCCUCACCGAGUAUUUUCGGAAGACGAGGAUGCCUUCCAUAAGGAGAAAAGUAUAUUUAAUAGUGCAGAUGCUACUGAUCUCGAUGGGUGUCGGAAUGACUAUUUACCUUUCCCAAGAGGUAAUUAGUAAUGCUUUUGCUGACCUCGCCGAUAAUCUCGAGCUUCGGAGUAGUCCAGUGCUUUCCAAUAUGCAGCCAUCCAUAUUCGUCGGUGAGACAUUUCAACAAAAUUAUGACAAGAAGAGAAAACGCACCUCAAUAAUCCCUGCGGAACAUCCCAACGGGUUUGAUUCAAGCAGUAAGAUUUGCAGCAAGGAAUCAGAAGCUCCUCUUUCUGUGAAGAUAGCUGCACUAAAAACAUUGGAAGCUCUUCUCACAAUGGGUGGUUCGUUGAGAUCCGAGACAUGGCGCCGAGAUGUUGAUCGCCUCGUGAUAAAUGUGGCAACAAAUGCUUGUGAUGUUGGAUGGGCGAACGAAGAUAAGUCGUCUUUGGUGGCAGACGAAUCCUCUUUUGCUGACUUUCAGCUAGCCGCCUUAGAGGCGCUGCUCGCAUCUCUUCUUUCACCAACCGAAACUCGACCUCCAUAUUUAUCUCAAGGUCUCAAUCUUUUUCAAAGAGGAAGACGAGAAACUGGAUCGAAGAUAGCUACCUUCUGCGCGCAUGCCCUUCUCGCUCUCGAAGUUCUCAUACACCCUCGUGCCCUGCCCCUAACGGAUCAUCUUCCUCCCACAAACCAAUCAGUUGAUGCAGGAUUCAACAAUGUCAUCAAAACUAACUUAAAAGGGGAUCUAGAACUCCUUGAUGAGGAAGAUGAACUAUCCAGUGCUUGGUUUGAUAAAAAUGAUGAUCAAAUUCUUCCUGACAGCAGAAACCUGAAUGAUAAAACCAAUGAAACAACCCAGAAAUCCCCAAAUCCUACUGAAGAUAUUACGACGAAGGCUCCGGCGAUUAAUGUACAAGCUGGUUCUAAUCUUUCAGGGUCUGAAAUCAAAUUUUCACAAAAUGUUGAUGAAUUCACUGCUGAUAGAGACAAAACAGAGACGAGCUCCCACAAUGCUUCACACAAUAAGAUGGAUUUUGGCCAAGGAAGUCUAGCUAUAUCCAUUGCAGAGAUGGAGCCCGGUAAAACUGCAAGUCCUUCUGGCAUAACUGCAAAUCUGAGAAACCAUGGCAGUGAUGUGAUUAAACUCUCGGUUGACGACAUUAAAGAAGAUUCUGCUCAUAAAAUAUCACCUGAUUUGUUCAGAGACAGGGAUGCAAAGCUUUUUUAUUAUGAUUCAGAUUCAGUCUCUCUGGAUUCAUUGCCAAGUAUAGUAGAUGGAGAUCCUGAUUCUGAGUAGAACAUCAUCAUAUAAUUUUUUUUUUUUCAUUUAAUGUACAGCUCUGGGCCAUCAUGAGAAGGAACCAUGAUUUUUGUACCUCUACCUGACAUGAUGAACUUCUUUUAUCUAUUUGUUUUCACUGUUGGGUUUAUGAAUUACAACUUUACAAAUAUGACCCUGCAUUUCGGCUUCUAUGUAGA